AUGAAUAUUUGUGAAAAACUUGCAAGGAAUUUAAAGGAAUUAUCAACAAAUAAUGAAACUAAAAAGGAAAAUCAAAAGGGCAGAUGUACAUGUUUAAAUUUUUGGAUAUAUGGAGAAAUAAGUAAAUUAUAUACAAAUGAAGAUAAAAAUCUUACUGGAAUAACCGAAAUUGAUAAUCUUAUUGAUGCAAAUAUCAAAAUUAAUAAUGAUUUCUUUAAGGAUGACUUUGAUGUGAAUUAUAAAGACAUAGCUCCACAAACUGCUCCAGUACAAGUACAACAAUUUCAGUUCCUGGAAAUUCACAAACGAGUGCUGGUGCUGAAGAAUCAUUAG